AUGGCAGAACUCGAACGAUACAUUAGCGACAAUGCACUUCGGAUUUUCGGCCUGUCAGACAAGACAAUCGUCAACUACAUUAUAGCAUCAGCUUCGUCCGCAAAGUCCCCUCAAGCUCUCUUCACCUCACUCAAUGCAUACGGACUCCCGGAUACAGCAGACGCACAGACGUUCGUCAGUGAAGUCUACUCUCGUGUCCCUCGUAAGAGCAAACACAAAAGCGCAGCAGAAGCAGCGCGAAAGCAAGCCGAGAAGGACGCGAAAGCUCUCAGAGCGCAAAAGUAUUCGUUCGUUGAGGAUGACGAU